CUUGGGAUCCCAGCUGGUCCAAUCCCAGGUCCUCUUCCAGGUAUGCAUCCUCUGACCUCUCUUCCAGCUACUCUGCUGCGUGCUGGUACUUGCGCCAUCAUGUGCUUGAAGCAGAGCUCCGAACUCGAAUGAUGUUGAUGCAGGGGUUCAACUGGGAAUCGUGGAAGAAGCAGGGCGGGUGGUACAACUACCUCCGGGGCCGGGUGGACGACAUCGCGGCGACGGGGGCCACGCACGUCUGGCUCCCGCCGCCGUCGCACUCGGUGGCGCCGCAGGGGUACAUGCCGGGCCGCCUCUACGACCUGGACGCGUCCAAGUACGGCACCCACGCCGAGCUCAAGUCGCUCAUCGCCGCGUUCCACGCCAAGGGCGUCCAGUGCGUCGCCGACAUCGUCAUCAACCACCGCUGCGCCGACUACAAGGACAGCCGGGGCAUCUACUGCAUCUUCGAGGGAGGCACGCCCGACGGCCGCCUCGACUGGGGGCCCGACAUGAUCUGCAGCGACGACACGCAGUACUCCAACGGCCACGGCCACCGUGACACCGGUGCGGACUUCGGCGCCGCGCCCGACAUCGACCACCUCAACCCGCGCGUCCAGCAGGAGCUCUCCGACUGGCUCAACUGGCUCAAGUCCGACCUCGGCUUCGACGGCUGGCGCCUCGACUUCGCCAAGGGCUACUCCGCCGAAGUCGCCAGGGUGUACGUCGACAACACCGCGCCCACCUUCGUGGUCGCCGAGAUAUGGAGCUCCCUGCAGUACGACGGCAAUGGCGAGCCAUCCAACAACCAGGAUAGAGAUCGGCAGGAGCUGGUGAACUGGGCCCAGGCCGUGGGCGCUCCCGCCGCGGCAUUCGACUUCACCACCAAGGGCGUGCUGCAGGCGGCCGUCCAGGGCGAGCUGUGGCGGAUGAAGGACGGCAACGGCAAGGCUCCUGGCAUGAUCGGUUGGCUGCCGGAGAAGGCAGUCACUUUCGUCGACAAUCACGACACCGGCUCCACCCAAAACUCGUGGCCAUUCCCCGACAAGGUCAUGCAAGGCUACGCUUACAUCCUCACGCACCCAGGAACUCCCUGCAUCUUCUACGACCACGUUUUCGAUUGGAACCUGAAGCAGGAGAUCAGCGUCCUAUCAGCAGUGAGGUCAAGAAACGGGAUCCACCCCGGGAGCAAGCUGGACAUCCUCGCCGCUGAUGGGGAUCUCUACGUCGCCAAGAUCGACGACAAGGUUAUCGUGAAGAUCGGGUCGCGGUACGAUGUCGGCAACAUGAUCCCCUCAGACUUCCACCCUGUUGCCCAUGGCAACAACUACUGCGUUUGGGAGAAGUCUGGUCUGAGAGUUCCAGCGGGGCGACACCACUAAACCCGGCCUAACCUCUAAAGACAUUUAUUUUUUUCAGGUCUAUUUGAGCCUGGAAAAGAAUUUUAUUUGAGACUAAAUAACCUGAAUAUCAUUGCACUAAGCUUCUUUCAGCAAUUAAUGAAAGAAGAUUAUUGCGUUCUGAUGUAUUCUGUUGACAUGGGAAAUUUGUAACCUCUUGAAAGUUGAAAU